AUGGGCAGCGGGUGGCGGCAGAUGAGUCGCCCAGCUGACCACCUAUGCCUGACCCAGGCCCCGGCCCCCAAGGGCCUGAUCAGCGGCCUUCCCACGACUUCCAAUGGCAAGUGCUUCCAGCUCUGGGCCCUAGGACUCUUUUGCAGUGAGCGCCAUGUGGCCAAGCGCCUUAAAAGCAACAGCUUGUACCCAUUCACGCAGCAGCAGCCCAAUGUCUUCGUGCUCGAGUACUAUCUGGACACGCUGUGGAAGGGGACGCUGCUCUUCGUCAUCUGUCUCUUCCUCGUCAGCUUCGACCUCAUGCGCCAGGUGCGACAGCAGGAGACCUGGGGCUUCGCUGCGUAUGGCGCGGGCGUGGGCCUGUGGAUCAUGAUCUCGUCGCUGCCACGGCGCCGCCUGGUGCUGAACCACACGCUCGGCAUGUACCACUUCUCCAUCCAGGGCCGCACAGUGUGUCAGGGCCCCGUGCACUUGGUCUACGUGCGCCUGGCGCUCAGCUCUGACGUGGGCGUCUCCUGUCCUGCAGGGAUCUGACCACCGCCGCUCCCCCAGCAAAUGGAAUUCCUGGGCCGGCACAUCGCCCGGAAGCUCAACAUUAACUACUUCGACUGCCUGGCAACGUCCUACCGGCACGUGGUCCGCCACUGGCCGCUGGGGGCCGCCUUCAGCCCGGGGGCCGCCUUCGGCCCGGGGGCCGCCUUCGGCCGGGGUGUGGCGCUGCGUAAGACCAGAGCCUGCGACAAGAGCUCUCAGUCGGACCUGGACGUGUGA